AUGCCUAUGCUAUCCGCAGUAUUGUAUGAACGACAAAGCAAUGAUGACCUAAUAUUAUCAGAUGAAGAAAUUCAUGGCAGCAGCAAACCUACUACUAAUUGGCCAUCUCAUGCUAGACGUCAUAGGAAAAGAGAUCCUGAUAACGAUGGAGUCUUUAAAAAGGAGGGGCGUGGUACCCUUAAGGGUAUAGCAGCAGCCACCAAGCGGAUCAAGAACGGUGAUCACAAACUUAAGAUUGAAUUUUCAUCUAAGCUUGGAGGUCCUGUAGGACCAAACGCUCGCACUUUUGUGGAUGAAAUCGUAUUGUUUACAAAGAAAAAGGCACCACUCAUUGGAGUGAAAAAGUGGAAAGAUAUAGAGCUCAAUGUUAGAUCUUCUAUAGCCUCUGACGUACUGCGAAGGUGGGAGUUUCUAACCAAUGAGGACGCGCAUGAAAAGAUCUGGUCUAUUGCUAAGGAGAGAUACAAAGGAUGGCGAUCAACGUUAAGCUCAACAUACAAGGCAUACAAUAGUUAUGCUGAAAGGAUGAAAAACAAGCCUGAAGAUGUAGACAUCGUCGAGUGGCAUUACAUGGUGUUGUAUUUUGGAUCUGAGAAAUUCCAGAAAAUAAGCAGCCGGAACUCGGAAAACCGUCAGAAACAAAGAACGAAGCAUAUAAUGGUUUCUAGAACUUUUUCCCAAAUAAGCUUUCAACAGAGAGAUCCAGAAACUGGUAUAGAACCAACCGAUCUAUCCCUUUGGAUGAUUACUCAUUGUAAAAAUGAUGAAUGGUCGGAAGAGGCUUCACGUGGCAUUUAUGAGAACGCAGCUGAGAAAAUUGCUGAGAAAAUAUAUCAAACAGAAAAAUUUUAUCUAACAAGAGAAGAGGAAAAUGCUAUUUUCCAAACAACAUUCAAGGAAACAACAGGAUGUAAGGCAAACAGACUUCAUGGUCAUGGGUACCUAUCAAGAUAUCCAACAAGAAGUCAAGUGAUGGAAUCAAAGUUCCUCGAACAAGCUCGUGCCACGGUUGCAACCAACCAAAAAAACAUUGAACUCGAAAGUCAGGUCCAGUUGUUAAAUGAAAAACUUGCGUGUGAGGUUGCAGAACGAGAAAGAAUACUCCAGGAAAAAAUGCAAGCACUGCAAGAAGAAGAAGAAAAAAAAAGACAAGUGCUUAGAGAAGAAAUGAGGCAAGAAAUGGUUGCUGCCCUUGCUGUUGUAGCACAACAGAGCAACCGUGAAAGCACCACUCCAAUCGAUCCUUCUUCCGUUGUCCCUACUAAACCUCCUGAAUUCAUCCCAGCUGAUUCUCCUGCACCUGCACCAAGUAGUGCAAACAACGUUCGUACACCAGACACAAACAAUAAGAAAGUCAAUAUGCCAGCAAACUAUAUUAGCUCUUACACCCUAAGGAAUGCUGUGACAAGACGUGUGCAGGCAAGGGGCAACAAAAGAAGCGAAUGUGUACAAUCCGCAAGUGCAAGCGAGAAGCAAGGUAGAUCAACUUAAGAAGCUCUAUCAAAGUGUGUUUAAGGUUCCUUGUCGUCGUGAUAUCGUCGUCAGCCUAGCUAACCAUCGCUUGCAUCAAUGGAGGGGAUGGAGGGGUACACGAUGACAAAAAAAACUUCCAAUAAUUUGCUAGUCCUGAGUAGUUUAUUAUCUAUGUUAUCACAAUCCAAGCUAGUAUGAGGAUGUUGUGACUGUGAGCUAUGUUAUCAAAUUAAUUUGUAUUUGGCCACUAUUUAUUUGGUGCAACCUAUUUGUUACAACUUAUGGUAUGGAUGUAGUUAAUAUAUGAGAUAAGAGACAAAUAUUAUGGUUGUCAAUUUUGGUUCUUACGUUACUGAUG